AUGCCUUCGCUCGGCGGCUUCCUGAAGAAGAAGCGGACGCGGGACAACAAUCCUGACCCCUCUACGUCAAACCCCACCAGCCCCGUCACAGCUUCGACUCCCUCCAAGCCCUUUGCCGGCGGCUCCAACCCGCCGCCGUCGCAGCCGCCGCAAUCCACUCCCGCCGCCCCAGCCCAGCCGGCAGGAACUGGCCAGAUCCCGCCGUCAGCUCAAGCGCAGGAGCCCUCGGCCGGCCAUCGCCAGCAGCAACAGAUGAAUCCCGCCACGGCUCCGCAGAGCGCCUCGUACGCGACGUCGCCCAACCUUCCCAGCAUCAGCAACCUCAUCCACAACGAUGCCGCCAACCACAACAACCACGCUCCCUCGCCGAACCCUGCCAUGCUAGGCCCCCCGAUCAACAAGGUCGCCAGCGCCAGCCCCGGCACGGAUCCCUCGCACAUGCAACAACAGCAGCAGCAGGCCUUUCCCCAGCCCGCCAUGCAGCCCGGACAGGACGCCGGCCAGCAGCCCCAGCAGCAGCAGCAGCAGCAGCCCGGCCAGCAGCCCCAGCAGUCGCAACAACAGCACCCGAACCAGCCCAAUCACCAGCAGCAAUCGAGCCAGGGCUCCACCCCCCGCGUCACCAAGGGCAAGUACUCGUUGGGCGAUUUCGACAUUCUCCGGACGCUCGGCACUGGUAGCUUCGGACGAGUCCAUCUGGUCCAAUCGAAGCACAACCAACGGUUCUAUGCCGUCAAGGUGCUCAAAAAGGUCCAGGUCGUCAAGAUGAAGCAGGUCGAGCACACAAACGACGAGCGCCGCAUGCUCGCCGACGUCAAGCACCCCUUCAUCAUCACCCUCUGGGGCACCUUUGCAGACUGCAAAAACCUAUACAUGGUCAUGGACUUUGUCGAGGGCGGCGAGCUCUUUUCCCUCCUGAGAAAGUCCGGGCGGUUCCCGAACCCCGUCGCCAAGUUUUACGCGGCGGAGACGACGCUGGCGCUGGAAUACUUGCACUCCAAGAACAUCAUCUACCGCGACCUCAAGCCCGAGAACCUGCUGCUGGAUCGGCACGGACACCUCAAAAUCACCGACUUUGGCUUCGCCAAGCGCGUGCCCGACAAGACGUGGACGCUUUGCGGCACCCCCGAUUACCUUGCCCCGGAAGUGGUCUCUAACAAGGGCUACAACAAAUCUGUGGAUUGGUGGUCUUUGGGCAUCCUGAUAUACGAAAUGCUCUGCGGAUACACGCCAUUCUGGGACGGCGGUUCGCCCAUGAGGAUAUAUGAGAACAUUCUCAAGGGCAAGGUCAAGUACCCAGCAUACGUCAACGCCGACGCCCAAAACCUGCUGGCUGGGCUGAUCACGGCCGAUCUGACCAAGAGACUGGGCAAUCUGUACGGGGGGCCCCAAGACGUCAAAAACCACCCCUGGUUUUCAGAGGUGACGUGGGACCGACUGGCGCGCAAGGACAUUGAUGCCCCCUACACGCCACCCGUCAAGGCCGGAGCGGGAGAUUCCAGCCAGUUUGACAAGUACCCCGAAGACCCGGAUAAGUACGGGGGUCCGGGAGAAGCUGCCGACGAAGCAUCUAGGUUUGGGCAUCUGUUUACCGACUUUUAA